ACUUAAGACCCACGGGUUCUGGUCCUCUCCAAGACCCGGGUCCUCAGUCCUUCCUCCCUAGGUCCCAUCUCUGCUGCUAGCAGAACGGUUGAGGCCCAGAGCACAGCUCAGGUGACCUAACUGGGCGGAGCAGGGAGGACAGGGGCAGGGGCGCCUCCUGUGAGGAGGGACCGAACCCUGAACCCAACGUAGGCUGCCCCUUCCCGCCGCUGUUGCCGGGCUCCGCACCUGCGCCCCGCCCCCAACGUGUUUCGGGGGGCGGGGACGAGGCGGACCGAACCUGUGGAGACACGAAGGGAGGGGCGGUGGCCACUGUUUGCGGGCUCCUCAGGUCGGGCUGGACGGGUGUCUGGCCCUUUAAGGUCCGCCCUCGAGGAGGUGCCAGGCCCUGGUGGCUCCGGACUCUCCUUCCUGGUCCUGCGGGGCAGGGACUGUCCGUGGGGCUGCGGGAGGGUGCUGUGCCCCUGCCGGCCCAGGUGCCCCCGGUCUGGUCCCAUGGCCCUGGUCACAGUAAGCCGCUCGCCCCCGGCCGGCGGCCACUCCACGCCUGUGGGGCCCACGCAGGACCAGGUGUCCCAGCGCAGAAGCCGGCUCCAGCGAAGGCAGAGCUUUGCAGUACUCGGCGGAGCUGUCCUGGGACUGCAGGAUGGAGGCGAUGAUGGAGAUGCAGCCAAGGCCAGCUCUGAGCCAGUGGAGGACCCCCCCGGGGAGGAGCAGCCCCACGGGGACCAGACAGACGACAGGCAUGGGCCCCAGAGUCUCAGGAAGCAGGAACAGAGUCAGCACCUGCGCCUCAUGGUGGGGCUGCUAAGGCCACAAGACGACAUCCGCCUGGCAGCCCAGCUGGAGGCGGCCCGGCCCGCCAGGCUCCGCUACCUGCUGGUAGUUUCCACAAGAGAACGUCUGAGCCAGGAUGAGACAGUCCUUCUGGGAGUGGAUUUCCCUGAUAGCAGCUCCCCCAGCUGCACCCUAGGCCUGGUCUUGCCUCUCUGGAGUGACACCCAGGUGUACCUAGAUGGAGACGGGGGCUUCAGUGUGACAUCUGGUGGGCAGAGUCGAAUCUUCAAGCCAGUCUGCAUCCAGACCAUGUGGGCCACACUCCAGGUGUUGCACCAGGCAUGUGAGGCGGCUCUAGGCAGUGGUCUUGUGCCAGGGGGCAGUGCCCUCGCCUGGGCCAGCCACUACCAGGACAGACUGAGCUCUGACCAGAGCUGCCUCAACGAGUGGAUGGUCAUGGCUGACCUGGAGUCUCUGCGGCCUCCCAGCAUCGAGCCCGGCCGGCCCUCAGGACAGGAGCAGAUGGAGCAGGCGAUCCGGGCUGAGCUGUGGGAGGUGUUGGACUCCAGUGACCUGGAGAGCAUCACUUCCAAAGAGAUCCGCCAGGCCCUGGAGCUGCGCCUGGGAUGCCCUCUCCAACAAUACCGCGACUUCAUCGACAACCAGAUGCUGCUCCUCAUGGCCCAGCAAGACCGGGCGUCCCGCAUCUUCCCCCACCUCUACCUGGGCUCAGAGUGGAACGCAGCGAACCUGGAGGAGCUGCAGAGAAACAGGGUGAGCCACAUCUUGAACAUGGCCCGCGAGAUUGACAACUUCUACCCCGAGCGCUUCACCUACCACAACGUGCGCCUCUGGGAUGAGGAGUCGGCCCAGCUGCUGCCCCACUGGAAGGAGACGCACCGCUUUGUGGAGGCUGCAAGAGCGCAGGGCACCCGGGUGCUGGUCCACUGCAAGAUGGGCGUCAGCCGCUCGGCCGCCACAGUGAUCGCCUACGCCAUGAAGCAGUACGGCUGGAGCCUGGAGCAGGCUCUGCGCCACGUGCAGGAGCUACGGCCCAUCGCCCGCCCCAACCCCGGCUUUCUGCGCCAGCUGCAGACCUACCAGGGCAUCCUGACUGCUAGCCGGCAGAGCCAUGUCUGGGAGCAGAAAGUGGGUGGGGCCUCCCCAGAGGAGCCCCUGGCCCCCGAGGUCUCUACACCGUUCCCACCUCUUCAGCCAGAACCCGGGGGCAGUGGGGAGCUGAAUGUGGUGGGGUUGGAGGAGAGCCAGGCAGCCCCAAAAGAAGAGCCUGGGUCACGGCCCCGUAUCAACCUCCGCGGGGUUAUGAGGUCCAUCAGCCUCCUGGAGCCAUCCUCAGAGCUGGAAAGCACCUCAGGGGACGGUGACCUGCCAGAGGUUUUCUCUCCAGAGGAGUUUUCAGAUGAAGACCCUCCACAGCCCUUCCCUCAGCUCUCAAGCGCCAAGGGAGGCCAGCAGGCCCGCAAGGGGCCUUGGCCUGCCCUGAAGUCCCGCCAGUCUGUGGUUGCCCUCAACAGCGCCGCCCUGGUGGCCAGCCGGACCCAGGCCUUCCAGGAGCAGCGGAAGGCUGGCUGUCCGUCCACACCCAGGCACCAGAAGGUGGUGAGGCAGCCCAGCGUGGAUGACAGUGGCGAGGAGGGCGAGGUGUGAGCCCACACACAUUCCCAUGCCCCCCUAGACACAAACAGAGGUGCCAGGACACAGCUCCUGGGAUGAGCACCCCUCACUCCUGUCGGCCUGUCCACGUUCCUCUUAGCUCCUCCCCAGGAGGCCCCAGACUCCUGUCACUACAGCCUCAGCACUACAGCCUUAAGUCUCAGACCCAUGUCCACCUGUCCAAGGGCUCAAGAUUUCCUCCACAUUUGGGGAUGCCGUAGAGAGACUGAAGGUGCCUUUGCGGGCAACAGUACCCUAGCUUCAUUCUCACCUGCUGCCUGAAACACACACUUGCAGCCAUGGAAUAAAAAACAGAGUUUCUCAGUGCAGAAAGGCUAAUGCUCCCUCCCUCCCCUACUCCUGUCUGCCUCAUCCCCCCGACCCCAUUUCACUCCUGGGGCUCUGCAGAGAACCAGUGGCCCCCAAAGGCCGAGAGUAACCUCAGUCCCCAAACGUGGGAGUUUCUGAGGAGUGGGGAGCCAGAGCCCUCUGAUGGGGCUGGCCGGUCAGCCUCCCUCACACCCCCCAUAAGCAGCCUGAGUCUUCUGCUGCUGCCCCCAGCACCCUCCACCUGCACUGCACUGGAGCACAGGGCACUACGCCAAAGAGUCUUCUUUCUCAGCUUCAUGGCCUCUGGCCAGUUUUUCAUAGUCUUAAUAGUGUCUGGCUUUGUACUUAGAAAGAAAAAACAUUUUCAUAUUGUUUUCAAUUUUAUGAUAAAGCUUGUCGGUCCACUCUUUCUCUG